AUGGAAGAAAUAUUGGCCAACCACACUUUCAACGACGACAAGCUUUUCCUCGCCAACUUCAUCGUCACCAAUUACUUAGGCCCCGACGUCUUCUCGGAGAUUCCGCGACGGUCCGUCGCUAAUAGGCUUUCCCGACGGUUUCCUCCUUACACUUCCGCCCACUUGGGCGACUCCUCCCUCACCGUCUCCCAGCUGAAAUCCCUGUACUAUUACGCCCUCCGAAACGCCGACCCGACCUUGAUUCUCAGCCCGGCCCAAUUCCACGCCUACCUCAAAGGCGACGAAACAACUUACACCACCAAUUUCACCACUUUUUUCCCUCUCCACCUCCACAAGCACAAGGCCUACUCCCCCUCCUCGACCCACGAGGUCGUGAAGGGCAUCGUCGUCGUUAUUGGUAAUAACGACGGCGAUGCCCCAGUAGAUGAUGAGCUGAACCGGUCGUAUAUCGACCGGUUCAUACGUCUGUCCGGUUCGGCCGGUUUGAAGAUGGAUUCGAAAUCGUGCUUGACGUAUCCCCCGAGGGAUGACGACGACCGUGAUUAUGAUCCGCGUCCCGUGGUUUUGUUUCGAGAUGGAUUCAAGCGGCGGCGCGUGGUUAUUAGCGACGGCGGCGAUGAUGAUUACGAUGAGAGGGAUUUCCCGACGGCGGAGGAGCUGGCUGCUCGCGAUGCGACGGUGGUCGUCAAUGAUAAAACGGUGACGUUUAAGCUGGUUGGGUUGUCGUCGGACUACGUCGUUAUUGGGAUCAGUAGAGCUGCUUACCUUUUCCGUGUUGCUCUCCCUCGUCUCCCGAAUAAUUUUCGUAUGUGUACAAAAUAA